UCUUCCGCCAGCCGUCCUUGUUUCCCUUCAUUAUUGCUUUCUCAAUAAUUCAAGUGAUGCAUAUUUCUCUAUCCAGCAUGAUUGCUUAUUCGUUUUGCCAUUUUCUCAUUAUUAUUGUUCUACUUGGUCUUGCAAUCUUCAUUCAGCUUGGAACUUCUCGCUCCAAGGUGGAAGUGCUUCCCGGCUUUGAAGGACCUCUUCCUUUCAAACUCGAAACUGGUUAUGUUGGAUUGGGAGAAAGUCACAAUGAUAUGCAAGUGUUCUAUUACUUUAUUAAGUCUGAGAAUGAUCCUGAAAAAGACCCUCUUAUGCUUUGGCUAUCUGGAGGACCUGGUUGCUCUUCAAUAUCCGGUCUUCUCUUUCAAUUUGGUCCACUUGCAUUCGACACUGAUCUUGAGGAGUAUGAUGAGACUGGGAGCUUGCCAAAUUUGAUCUUGAGGCCCCAAUCCUGGACCAAGGUAUGUAGCAUUAUUUUUGUAGAUUUGCCUUUUGGAACUGGCUUCUCAUAUGCAAAAAAUCUCACUGCUCAACGGAGUGACUGGAAAUUAGUUCACCAUACCCAUCAAUUUCUUAGGAAGUGGCUGAGUGAUCACCCAGAAUUUAUUUCAAAUGAAUUUUACAUGGGAGCUGAUUCAUAUUCUGGCAUUCCUGGCCCUGCUAUUGUUCUAGAAAUUUCAAAUGGAAAUGAAAUAGGUCUCCAACCACCCAUAAAUCUCCAGGGAUAUCUACUAGGGAACCCAAUAACAACAAGAAAAGAAAAGAAUCAUAAAAUCCCAUUUGCUCAUGGAAUGGGACUUAUUUCUGAUGAACUAUAUGCGUCACUGCAGAGAAAUUGUAGAGGUGAGUAUGUUGAUAUAGAUUCCAGAAAUGAGCUAUGUUCAAGAGAUAUCAACUACUUUGAGGAGUGCCUUUCAAAACUUAAUGUCGAACACAUUUUGAAACCUUGUUACAAAGAUGAUUUGCCUAAAGCACGUGAAGCUCAAUGGAGGAGAUCUCUGAUACAGGAGCCUCAACUCGUUCCUUGCAAACAUUAUGAAGAUUCUCUUUCCAAUCAAUGGCUUAAUUAUGAGAAUGUUCGCAAGUCACUAAAUAUUCGAGAGGGAACUAUAGGCAAAUGGGAACGUUGUUACAAAACUGAUUUUGAGAAUCAGAUUUCUAAUAGCUUUGAGUUUCAUGUAAAUCUCAGUGCAAAAGGCUAUCGUUCCUUAAUAUUCAGUGGGGAUCAUGAUGCACUUGUUCCUUUCAUAUCGACUCAAGCAUGGAUUAGGGCUUUAAACUACUCCAUUGUGGAAGAUUGGAGGCCAUGGCUUCAACAAGGACAAGUUGCUGGAUACACGAGGACAUACUCGAAUCGAAUGUCGUUUGCAACUGUGAAGGGUUCAGGUCAUAUAGCUACCCAGUAUAACCCAGAGGAAUGUUUCACCAUGUUCACUAGGUGGAUAGCUAAUGUACCUUUAUAGCUAUGUGAAUACCAUAAAUUGGGUUAUCAAUGUUAUGCUCAUUUGCUUAUAGUUUCUUUGAAUUGUACCAACGUUUAAAGAUUUGUAUACUAAAUAAGCAAUUUAGUGACAAAAUGUUGUUUGUACUAUAUCUUUAAAAUGUUUACUUUUAUCAUUUCUCUUAAUAUGAUAUCUUCAGAUGUUCUUCUA